AUGGCUCUGUGCUUCUUACACAAGAUGAGCAAUUCUGAGAGCCAUGCUGGCGAGAACCAGACCAUCUCUGAUGUCUUCAUCCUGGUGGGGUUUUCCUACCUAAACAAGCUGCAAAUCCUUCUGUUUCUGGUGUUUCUUGUCACCUACCUGCUCACCCUGAUGGGGAACCUGCUCGUUAUCCUGCUGAUAAAACUGAACCCCUCCCUCCACACCCCCAUGUAUUUCUUCCUCGUGAACCUGUCUUUCUUGGAAAUCUGCUGCACCACCAGCGUGACCCCUCAGCUGCUGGUUCACCUCCUGGUGGAGGAAAAGACCAUCUCCUUUCGGGGCUGUGCAGCCCAGGUGUAUGUCUUUGACAUCACGGGUCUCACAGCAUGUUGUCUCCUUGCAGCGAUGGCCUAUGACCGGUACAUGGCCAUAUGCCGCCCCUUGCACUACACCACCAUCAUGAGCAUUCGGGUAUGUGCCUGGCUCGCGGCUGCUUCGUGGUUCAUCAGUAUGUCAGUGGCAGUAGCUCAGACCACGUGGCUCUUCAGUCAGUCUUUCUGUGGCUCCCACCGCAUCCACCAUUAUUUCUGCUGUGCCCCAACAUUAGAGAAAAUGCUCUGCACAGGCAUAAGAAAGAAUGUGAUCGUGGGCCUCUCUGUGCUAGCUCUGUUCAUUAUAGGCCCCUUUUUAUUGAUAGUCCUGUCGUACGUCCGCAUCAUCUCCACCAUCCUCAGGCUGCCUUCGGCAGAGGGGAGGCAUAAAGCCUUCUCCACCUGCUCCUCCCACCUCACGGUGGUGACUUUGCUUUAUGGAACUGGCCUUUUGAGUUACAUAAAACCCACGUCUAGCUCCACCCCAGAAAGUGAUCAAUUGAUUUCCAUCAUAUACACAGUUGUGACACCCAUGUUGAACCCCAUAAUAUACACACUGAGGAACAAAGAUGUGCACGGAGCCUUUCGAAACACUGUCGGAAAGGCCUUGUUCUCACACAGCCAGAGAUAUUAG